AUGGCUUGGGACCAGUUGGAAAUGGAGACGCCGCAUAUAGCGUAUGCCUGCGUGGGGAUCUUUUGCACGAUUUUCUCGCUAGUUUCGUUGUUUGUCAAGGAACGGCUAUAUAUCGGUGAGGCUACGGUGGCGACUAUUGCGGGCUUGAUCUUGGGCCCGCACUGCUUGAACUGGUUCAGCCCCGUCGAGUGGGGCAACUCGGACUUUAUCACGUUGGAGAUUUGCCGGAUAGUGCUAUGCAUACAGAUCAUUGCCGUUGCCGUUGAAUUGCCCAAGAAGUAUAUGCGAAAACAUUGGCUCUCGGUUUUUGUGUUUUUGGUGCCGGUGAUGACCACCGGCUGGUUGAUUGUUGGAUUGUUCAUUUGGUGCUUGAUACCGCAUUUUUCAUUCAAUGACGGCUUGUUGGUGAGUGCAUGCGUCACGGCAACAGACCCUGUGCUUGCUGCAGCCGUGGUUGGUAAAGGCAAGUUUGCCGAACGAGUGCCCGGCCACUUGAGGAACCUCUUGUCGGCAGAAUCGGGCUGCAACGACGGUAUGGCGUUCCCGUUUAUAUACUUGUCCUUAUAUUUGAUAACGUAUUCGGGCAGAGCAGGCGAGAUUGUGAAAAACUGGUUUUGCAUAACCAUCUUGUGGGAGUGCUUCUUUGGCUGCUUGUUGGGAGCGGUCUUGGGGUUUGUAUUGAGGAAAUUGGUUGCAUUUGCCGAGGAGAAAAAUUUGAUUGAUCGAGAAUCCUUUUUGGCUAUAUUUGUUUUCCUUGCGUUUAAUUGUGCUGGUAUCGGCUCUAUGUUGGGUGUUGAUGACUUGUUGAUGUCGUUUGCAGCUGGUACUGCUUUUGGCUGGAAUGGAGAUUUUGCCAAAAAGACUGAAGAGUCUCACGUUUCAACGGUUAUCGAUUUACUUUUGAAUUUAUCUUUUUUCGUUUAUUUUGGAGCAAUUAUACCGUGGCCUCAAUUUAACGAUGUGAGAAUUGGCUUGAAUGUGUGGAGGUUGAUUGUAUUGGCCCUCGUGAUUAUCUUUUUAAGACGGUUGCCCGCAGUGAUUAUAUUGAAGCCAAUAGUCCCCGAUGUCAAGACUUGGAGAGAAGCCAUCUUUUGCGGCCAUUUCGGGCCCAUUGGAGUAGGCGCGAUAUUUGCCAGCAUCUUGGCUAGAAAAGAUUUGGAGAGCCACUAUACUGAUGAAGAGACACCACUAGACCAUUUGCCCAAUGACGACUUUCCGCACUAUCUACUAUUGGCUAGCAUCUGGCCGAUUGUUUGCUUUAUUGUCGUGACUUCAAUCAUCGUGCACGGCUCAUCGGUUGCCGUUUUGACGUUGGGUAAGAGGUUGAAUAGAAUGGCCAUCACCAUGACGUAUACACGCACAAACACUACCCAAGGGGACAGCGGUGGAUCCAACUGGAUCCAAAGAUUGCAAGGACUUGAUAAGAACAAUACGCCAUUUUCGUUGCAAAGAGUCGACACCAUGGCACCUACCGAGAAACAAGAAGUUAAGGACGGGGAACAGCAGGGUGUGGCGGUUCCGGAGACGAGUGGCGUCAAAGUGAGACCAGCAGGUGGUAUGACGAGAAGAAAGAAGAAGAAGAGUAGGAGAAGACAGAAGCAGAAUAUUAUCCAAAAGACCCUAUCGAGAGUUCGAAGCGGGGACGACAACGACGACUAUUAUAAUAAUAACGACGGAGAAGGAGAGGCGAGACAAGGACGGUAUCGUCCUGCUAAUGAGAUUUUACAAUUGGGCGGCGGCGGAAAUAACGCUGCCAAGAGUGGCGCGUCAACAGAGCCCGACACUUCUACAAGCGAGGUGAAGAAUUCCUCGUCUUCGUCGUCAACCGGCGACAAGCAUUUGGCAGUGCCGGGUGAUGCUCAGCACGAUGGCUUUACUAGUGAGGUGAUUAGCCCGGAGAAAGUAUCUGGAAGGUCCGAGUAUGGACAAAACUCAGGCGCCACAAAAGACAAGAUUAGUAUCCCUACUACUGCUUAUCAAGACGGCGAUAAACUCAUUGUUGAAGACCAGCAUGGUGAAGUUAUGGACGAUUUGAAAUUGGAGAAGGAGCCUCCGAAAAAGAAGCACAAGCGGAUGCAUGGAGGCGAGGAUAGUGAGGAUGAGCAGCAUAGUAUUCAUUCCAUGGGGUCCUUACAAAGACAUUUGUCGCUGUACUCAAGAGGUUCGACCGAAGACGAGUCAGACUCGGAAGCAAGUAGCGAGAAGCAGAACAAGAAGAAGAAAAAGCCCAAACUUCCUGGUGUGCCCUUGGGCAGGAAAAUCUCCGAUUCGUUGUCGCGGAAAGCGUCAUCGCGCAGAAGUUAUUACAAAAAGGACGAUCCAGCAAAGCGCAAGGUUUUUGCGCAUCGUGUAGAUAAUUUGAUUUUGAUUGAAAAUGCCGAUGGGGAAAUCAUCCGGCGGUAUAAAGUGAAUAGACAAGCCUCGAACUUGCCGGGGUCGUCUGCUAACGCCAACGCCAACGCCAACGCCAACACCAAAACCGCAGGCAGGUCGCGCUCGUCGACAUUGCUCGGUAUGAUGAAGUCCAUGGUUGGAAUCAAGUCGGACAAGCUGCCGCAACCACCAGCUGAGGAUCAGCCGGUACCAUCUGUACACGUGACAGAUUUAGAGCAAGGUACACAUCAUUCAAUCCUUGUGCCUCAACACGACGAGCAUCCGAUCUCGCAUACAUUCGACAAGGUGGAGGAUAAAGUCGCGGGAAUCUUGGAGAAGAAGCACGAGAGCGGCGACCACCAUCUCAUGCGCCAGGCAAGUCCACCUCCGCCAGUACACGGCGAUGAAGAAUACGACGACGACGACGACGAUGAUGUUGAGGAGGAUGUGGCGGAUCUUGGUGACGAUGAUGACGAUGAUGAUGACGAAGAUGAUGUCAUCGGCAGCGGCAGAGGAGCCAACGACGACGAGGAGACACCCGCGGAGAAAAAGCGGAGAUUGCAGGCAUUGGGCCACCUACCCAAUACCAAUCGCGAUGCCCACGAUGAAGAGUAG